AAACGUGUAGGGUGUGAGGUAUAGAGUGUGUUCAUUAUGAUGAGACACGGUGCAGCAGUUGGUCAGUGUGUGUUUAGCUCUAAUUCUCUCUCCGGAUUAAUGUGUGUGUUUGGGUCCUCAGUAAGAAUGCAGGUGUGUUUUCUUCUCCUCCUCAUACAGCUUCAUGUCACUGAAGGCUGCAGACUUGAUGGAUCCAGAGAGACAAAAUACAUCACUGCAUAUACAGGAGACUCAGUACUGCUGCCCUGCUCCUGCACUGACCUCCACACCACACCUGGGACAUUCACAUGGAAGAAAUACAUAACAAAUAACUGGGUAGAGAUAUCUCCUGAGAGUGAUCAGUACAAAGACAGAUUUCAGCUGGUUAAUGAUCACUCUUCAGGAAAUCUCUCUCUGCUCAUAUCACACCUGACUGUAGAGGAUGAUGGAUGGUACAGGUGUAGUGUUGAAGGUGGUGAUUACAGAGACGUCAGACUCACUGUUGAAGCAAUGCAAUAUGUUGAUGUUUGUUAAUUCUCCAGGUUGCACAUUGAAUCAGCAGACAGUGAGUGUGACUGGAUACGUGGGACAGUCUGUCCUUCUGCCCUGCUCCUGCUCUCAACUACAAGCCAAACCACACACUCUCAGAUGGUUCUUAUAUGAGGGAUCUGAUAAUAAAGAAAUCUUCCCAAAGGACCAGACAAAUCUCUACACACACAGAGUUCAGCUCAUUAAUGAUCAUCAUCCAGGAAAUCUCUCUCUACUCAUAUCACACCUGACUGUAGAGGAUGGAGGAUAUUACAGGUGUCACAUCAGCAACAAUGAAAUUAUAGACGUCUCAGUCGAAGUUAAAGAGGCCACAAGAAGACCUUCAACACCCAGACCAAAGACCAAACCCACUUCCACAGCAGUUCUUGUGGACGUCACACCUACAAAACCAACCCUGGUGGUCAAGAACAAAAUCAGUCCACAGCCUAAAACAUCUGGAACAGACCAAGGUGACAUGAUCAUCAUCAGCUCUGGUGUUGUUGUGGUUCUGCUGCUGCUACUGAUACUCGGAGGAGUCAUGUACUGGAAACGCAAAGGACCGAGACAAAGACAGCCCAAGAUUGUUCAGGGACAAACAGGACCAAGGACACAGCAGGACGUUACAGACCCUCUGCACUUACCUGUACCUUCAGAACCCAUGUAUGAAUCUGUAGACAGACAGAAUGAUUCUGAAAUUCUGUAUGCGUCUAUACAUCAAACUAAUGAACACAAGGAAGCAGACGAGAAGCAGGAUGAUGUGACGUACUCGACUGUGGUCCACAGUAACACAAUGAGAGCAGCACACACUCCAGUGGUAUUAGACGAUAAUACAGUGUAUGCCAGCAUCAAAAAGUAACACACACACACACACACACAUACAGUAUUAUAAAUGUGAGGGUUUUUUUUCCAUUAAUUUGUGUAUUACUGUAAGUAAAUACAGCACUACUACAUCAAAACUAUGUUUUUUUUUGUUUUAUAUAUGUUAGUUUACUGUGGGAAAUAUUGUAUAUGCGAUGAUUAUUUAUGUGUUCAUGUUGUUCCUAUAGUGUAUAUUCUCAUUUAUUGCAUUUAUUCCUGCUUUAACAUGUUUUAAUCUUUAAACUGAUUUUGUAACAUUUUUUUUUAAUAUCGUCGAAGAAACAGUUUAACAUUAUUUAAAAUCCCUUUUCAAUCUCUUUAGUGUGCAACGGCUACUAAUACCUUAACAUACCUCCUCAGACCUAAAGAACUUUAAGCUCGCUGUAGAAACUGUGAAGUCUUUCAAUUGAAUGUACAUAAUUGUUAAAAACGCGAUUUAAUUUCAGUUUCAUAAAUAAACUAUACAAUUUGAAUAGCA